ACAGCAACAGCAGCAGUAAUAACAACAACAACAACAACAACGACAAAACGGCCAACACAAGGAAAACGGCAUCGACGACGACGUCGGCGAAGCCGCAACUGCCGGGCAGUUCCCGUUCACGAAGACGUCCACAGUAUUUCAAUUCCGUGCUGAUGCUUGCCGUGCUCAUGUGCCAGCUGCAACAGCUCGUUCGCCCAGGCGACGGUGGAUCUGGUCUCGCAAUGGCCGCGCCCGCACCCGCGCCCGCACCUGUGCCCGAUCCGGAAGCAACGCCGGCCACACUUAGCGCCAUUCUCGUAGACAAUGUCACAAGCCGUUCUGCGAAUCGAACACGGAUCCAGAAGAGGCACUACACAAGCGUCAGCUUCAAGGAGCGCUUCCAUCGCGAACUGAAUAGCUCCGUCCUGGACUGGAGCAAUGGCUGCGGUGGCAACUGGACGGGCUCGGAUGAGGAGCGCAACCCCGUGCGAGCCCACAAGCGCUGUGCCAAGCAUAAGAAGCUACUGCGCACGCUACAGAAUAAGACGGGCCGCGAGCUGCGGCAACUGCGGACCGACAACAAGCUGCGACAGACCGUGCACUCCAUGAAGGCACAGGACACAGGCUCCAAUCAGGCGAUCGACAUCUCAGAGCACGGCAUAUGGAAGAUGCACAGCAGCCAAUACAACUUUCUGCCCAGGCUCAAUGCCAGCGGCCAGCAACUCGCCUUGCGUCGCGCACAUCACGAUCUGCAAUUCUAUGUGGCCGCGUUCAGCUAUCUGCGGCACGCCCAGCUGCACUGGGACUAUGAGAACCUGCAAAAGCAGAGCGUGCUGUCCGCCGAGCUGCUGCGCUAUCGGAGCAGCGCACGCACCGUACUCUGCAUCGUCGAGGAGGCCAUCAAUGGCAGCAGCCGCCUGUAUGCGCCCAGCCCGCAGAAGCAUCAGCGGCACAAGAAGCUGUCGCUUCACCAGAUCAAGACGGUGCCGCGAGAGCCCAUGGAGAAGCGUCUGCAGAAGUUUAAGACGCCGCUGGUGGAGCUGCAUCGUCAGGCGGUGCUGGCCGCUCGCAACCAGCCAGCGGCUGAGCCCAGCAAGCCGCAUCAUUUGGAUGCGCUGUUCCUCAAGUUCCAGUACAUGGAGUACCUGAAGCACAUGACACAGCUGCUGGCCAAACAGCGUAAAAGGGACUGCACGAGCAGUCCACAACAGCUGGCAACGCGGCCAAAAUCGCGACAAAGGCAGCAACAGGCUGCAUAGUGCCAACCACAUUCAGCAACCAAUUCCAGUUGCAGUUCCAGUUCCGUUUCGAAUUCCCUUUGAGCGCCUAUGACAAGGAACCAGUUCCGCCAAAAGGACUCACGCCCAUCCGACACUCUGCCCACUGUACUGAAAACCCACUCUCAAAGACGGCUAUAACAUUCGAUACCGAAUCCGAAUCCGAAUGACAAGUUUGAAAACGUGCCCUGAAUAUGUUCAGCAACUACAUUAACUAUUUAUUAUCAGCAUGACAAUCAUAAUUAUGGAUUUAAUUAAUUUAAA